AUGUCUGCGAGACCCGGAAUGCGCCAGCCCGUUUCCCCAAGAACCGGCCCUAAACCGCCUGUCGGCCGCUUGGCCAGUCUCAAAUCUCCCGGUGCAACCGCCAUCAAACGCCCUCAGCCAGUUGCGCGGCCUCAACCGGCUCGGCCAACUACCCACCCCAAGACUACAACGUGCCCUAACCCGAGCUGCCCUGCCCCUCACAUCAUUGAGGAUGAUGGCCAGAAGGUUUGUUCCGGCUGUGGUACUGUUGUAAGCGAAGCAAACAUCGUUUCUGAAGUCACUUUUGGUGAAUCUGCCUCUGGUGCCGCUAUCGUUCAAGGAUCCUUUGUCGGUGAAGAUCAAACCCAUGUACGCAGUUAUGGCCCUGGGUUCCAACGGGGUGGUACUAUGGAAAGUAGAGAGAUUACAGAGCAAAAUGGAAAUCGUUAUAUAAACCAGUUGGCGCGCGCUUUGACUAUCCCCGAGAGUGCUUCCAAGGCUGCAGGACAGGUCUUCAAGCUCGCUGUGGGCCUUAAUUUCAUCCAGGGACGUCGAACUAAGACGGUGGCUGCUGUGUGUCUCUACAUUGCUUGCCGACGGCAAGACGGCAAUACUGUUAUGUUGAUUGAUUUUGCAGAUGUGCUCAUGAUCAACGUCUUCAAGUUAGGUCGUACAUAUAAAGCGCUCUUGGACGAACUCCGACUGGGUGGUAAUGUUUUCUUGAUGAACCCUAUCGACCCGGAGAGUUUGAUCUACAGAUUUGCCAAACAGCUCGAAUUCGGACCUUCUACCAUGCAGGUGGCUAGUGAGGCUGUGCGUAUCGUACAACGCAUGAACCGCGACUGGAUGACGACGGGUCGACGUCCCGCAGGCAUCUGUGGAGCCGCCUUGAUCCUUGCAGCUCGGAUGAAUAACUUUCGCCGCACUGUCCGCGAGGUGGUCUAUGUUGUUAAGGUCACCGAAAUCACCAUCAGCCAGCGUUUAAAUGAGUUCAGCUCUACGGAGAGUGGAGAGCUAACCGUCGAUCAAUUCCGAUCUGUGCAAUUAGAAAAUACCCACGAUCCGCCCUCAUUCGCUAGGGCAAGGGAGGGAAGAAAGCCAGUCCGGAGUGUUAAGACGAAGGCGGCAGAAACAGCGGCAGAAAUUGAAGAAGAUGCAGAAGGACCGGAAACUACUCAACCACGACGUGUUGAUGCCGAUGGUUUCGCAAUCCCAAGUCUCCCCAUCGACCCGGCGUUGAUACAAGUAGAUAAAGACAGCCAGCAGCCGUCGUCGACAUCCACUGCCACCGGAGAACGAGACCUCACGGCAGGUCAUGCCAAAGAAAAUGGCCAUCCGAAACCGCCCUCGCCAUCACCUGAGCAGUUAGCUUCUGAAGAAGCGUUAGAAACUGAAAUGUCUGAAUAUUUGGCCAACGGUUCUAAGAUGGUCGAAAGUAUCGAAGGUGGAGCAGCUCCGCCAAAGAAAGUCGUCGUCUCAGAUAGUCCCGAAAUCGACGAAACGGAGUUUGAAUCAGACCCCGAGGUUUCUAACUGCCUCCUGUCCGCGCCUGAAGUUGAAAUCAAGGAGCGCAUCUGGGUUCAUGAGAAUAAAGAAUAUCUACGUACACAGCAGGCCAAGGCCUUGAAAAGGGCUCUGGCAGAAGCUGACAGUCAGCCCGGUGACCGGAAGCCGCGGAAGCGUCGCAAAGGCAGAUUGGGAGAUGUACGGUAUCUCGAAGGCGAAGGGGAAGACGGAGACGGGAGAAGCACACGAGCAUCAACACCCGCAGAAGCUACGCGUCGGAUGCUGGAACGAAGGGGCUUCAGUAAGAAGAUCAACUAUCGCCUCCUCGAGACAUUAUUUGGCGACGAAGAGGACGAAGGCGCUAAGGAGAGUGAGAGCGGCGGCCGUAGCCGCAGCCAGAGCGUUGCUUCCAGACGCAGCGCCAGUAUCGACACUGAGGCAGGCGCUAAGCGCCCAAGGUUCCUGGGGGGUCCUACCACACCCUCAAAGGCCGUUAGAGACUCUCCUUCGGCCGCAGCUCCCAAAUCUGGCCCCGUUGAAGACCCAACACAGCGCAUGGUCCCGGCCGCAAAAGUUGAUAAUAAGGUUCCCACGAAUUCCACAGAAAAAACCUCAGGCUCAGCGCCAGCGGAUCCAGAAGCUGUUGACCGUGAUGACGAAGCUGAUGAUUAUGACGAGGACGAGGGGGAUGAAGAUGACGGCGUCGAUGCCGCGUUCUCCGGCCACUACGGAGAUUACUAUGACGAUAGCAGUGAUUACGGUAGCGACUAA